AUGGAUAAGCUUAGAGAAAAAAUCACCUCCCUUAAACUCGAAACUGAAGCUGCACAAGACAAGGCUGACGAAGCCAACGAGCGUGUCAAGGUUCUGGAACAAGAAGUGACUACUAAGGACCAAGAGAUUGCUGCUCUUAACCAUAAGAAUAGUCUUUUGGAAUCAGAAGUCGAUGAGCUGGAAGCCAAGCUGUCAGAGGCAAAGGGUGCUGCCGAGGAAGGUGCUGCACAUGGUUCUGCUAACGAGUCACUGACCAAGAAGAUUUCCCAGCUGGAAGAGGACUUAGAGACUUCAGAUACCAAUCUGCGUGAAACAACUGAAAAGCUUCGCCAGGUUGAUGUUAAGGCUGACCACUUUGAACGUAAAGUUACCAGCUUGGAGCAGGAAAUUGAGAAUUGGGAAAAGAAGUAUGAGGAGCUUGACGAAAAGUACAAGGUUGCAAAGAACGAGCUAGACGAAAUCACCCGAUCUUUGGAGGAUAUUUGA